ACAAGUUCUUCAUAAAUUACAACAAUCUAAAAACUGUGUAACUUGUAAAGCUCAAAAACUUAAUGGUUCUAUUGCACAAUUGAAACACAAACAUCACCAACAUAUAUCUCGAGUUCGUGCAAUAGCCAGACGUCCACCGGACAAUAAUAUUAAAACCACGAUUAAUAAUCUUGUUAAAAAAAUAAUAAUACAGAGUUUAUUAAACUUACCACGAGAUAAUACACAAUCUUGGAUUCUGCAGCAACCAUUAGUCGUUG